GAGCGAGACACAACAGAGAAGGAAGGCGGCGAGCUCGCCAGGUCCCAAAGCUGUGGCCACCGGCAGGGAGAAGGCAGCAGUGGGCAACGAUCGCCAUGGCGCUCUUCCUGGGACUGGCUCUCCUGGCCCACCUUCCACAGCUCCUGCAUGCUGUCCCCACCUUGGAAGGACCUCCCCAAAUAACUGGCCCCUGGAAAGGGAAUCUCAAAAUCGCCUGCACUUAUCGUCCCAUGGAAGGUUACACCCAAGUCCUAGUGAAGUGGUUGAUACAGCAGGAUAGUAACCCCGAAACCACCAUCUUCUUGCGCGAUUUGUCUGGGGACCACAUUCAGCAGGCCAAGUAUCGAGGCCGAAUACAGGUGAGCAGAGAGACCCCUGGAGAUGUGUCCCUGGAACUGGCCACCUUGGAGAUGGAUGAUAGGGGUCGCUAUCUGUGUCAAGUCACCUGGAAGAUCCCUGAUGGUAGACUGAAGAUGACAGAGAGGACCACAGAACUUCAGAUCAAAAAACUUCCAGCCUCCAAGCCCCUAGUGACCACCGGCUCUGGCUAUGGCUUCAAGGUGCCCCAGGGUAUGAGAAUCAGCCUUCUGUGCCAGGCCAAAGGCUCUCCGCCGAUCACCUACAAGUGGUACAAAGAGGAGCCGGAUGGCACCCAAACCCGGGUGGCUAACCUGGGCACCCUCCUCUUCAAGCCCGCCGUGCUCUCCGACUCUGGGUCCUACUUCUGCAUAGCCAAGGCUCGCGUUGGCCCUGAGCAGCAAAGUGACGUUGUUCAGUUUGUGGUCACAGAUCCUUCCAAGAAGCCCACAACAGAGCUCCAGCCUGGGAUGCUGACAACGACGGCAACCCCCCUGGAAGAACACGUGGCCCACGCCUUCAGCCUUUGCUUCCGGAAAAAUGAGCCUGACCCCACAGUGGCAUAG